AAGGAUUUCAGAUUUCCCUUUUUCGUUUUCGUUUUCCUUUUCAGUUCUCCUCAAAUAUAUAUAGAAAUGGAGGGAAGGGAUGUAUAAAUAUAGAUUAGGGAAAGGGAAGGAAAGAAAGAAAGCGAGCACAGCAGAGCAGACGCAGAGCUCCAUGGGUGUGCUUUCUUCCUUCUAGCAACAGACAUGUUCCCCCCAAUCCUCCCAAGAAUAACCAACUGCUAAAGAUAUCCCAUUCCCAACUUCUUUGGUUGAUUAUCCGUUCCCAUUUCCUCCUAAUCUUUCACCCUUUUUUUUCUGUUUUGAUCUUCCUUCCCAAUUUCCCCUUUCCUUUUAGAGCCAGCCCAAUGGUGUAGGCAAGCUCCAGCCCUCCCCUUUUUUGUUUGUUGUUGUUGUGUGGGAAACUUCAAUCGUCAACCUCUUUUAAUCUUUUUCUGUUUCUUCCUUUUUCUGGGUUUUGUUUCAAUCUUCUUUCAGGUGUCUCUUUUUCUGGGUAUUGAGAAGUUGGAUUAAGGUCAAAAAGGAAAACAGGGGAAGAAGAAGCUCUUGUUUUUUCCUGUAUAUGUUGUGAAGAUUUCAGAGAUACCCAGAAAGAGUUCUGCGAGGAGAUAUGGCUACUACGGAAGAAGAGACAGCAGUUGCUGAAACUCAAGAAAUCCCAGAAAUGGAGAGGGAUUUCAUUCUUGAAGAACCUUCACCAAGAUGUGUUCUGGAGGUUCCUAUCUCAGGAGGUUCAGACCCAGAUCCUGACCCUGAUCACACCACCAGUUCCACCGGUUCCGGCAGCAUGUCGUCGGAGAGACAGCCGGCGGAGGACAUCACAGAUACAGAAAUGGAUCCCGCAAAUGAUUGCAACCAGUGGAAGUCCAUGUUCGACACCAUUAGGAAGAAGUCAGUGAGGCGGUUCUCUGUAAUCCCACUGAUCACUACCUACGAGGUUAUCACCAGGAAGAACAUCAAGAAGAAACUUUCCCGGGUUAGGAACCCCUGUGAUGUUGUCAUUGACUAUGAUGGCUUCCCUGUCCCUAAACCCUCUUGGAGGAACUUUGAUUUCAGCGAGCUCGCUGCUGCUACCGAGGAUUUCUGCCCAGAGAACAUGAUAGGGAAAGGAGGUCAUGCAGAAGUAUACAGAGGGCAAUUACCUGAUGGCCAAAUUGUGGCUGUGAAGAAGAUAAUGAAAGCAGAGAAGCAAGAUGAGGACCUAAUAGCUGAUUUCUUGUCAGAACUUGGGAUAAUUGCACAUAUAAACCACCCAAAUGCAGCUAGACUUAUAGGCUUCAGCAUCGAUAGUGGUUUGCAUCUUGUGCUAGAGUUCCUACCAUAUGGCAGCCUUGCAAAUAAGCUCCAUGGUUCGGAAGAGUUUCUAGACUGGGAGAAAAGGUACAAAGUUGCUAUAGGAAUUGCAGAAGGUCUUAGGUAUCUUCACCAUGAUUGCCCUAGGCGCAUCAUCCACAGAGAUAUCAAAGCAUCAAACAUCUUGCUUGGUGAAGAUUAUGAAGCUCAGAUUUCUGAUUUUGGGCUGGCGAAAUGGCUCCCAGAGAAUUGGGUUCAGCACAUUGUCUACCCAAUUGAAGGCACAUUUGGAUACCUUGCUCCGGAAUACUUCAUGCAUGGAGUGGUUGAUGAGAAGACAGAUGUGUUUGCCUUUGGAGUCCUGUUGUUGGAGAUCAUCACAGGUCGCCACGCAGUUGACUCCUCCAGACAAAGCCUUGCUAUGUGGGCAAAACCAUUGUUGGUGGAGAACGAUGUGAGUACAUUGGUGGAUCCAAGAUUAGGAAAUGAUUUCGAUCCCAUCGAGAUGAAGCGUGCAAUGGUGACAGCCUUUCUGUGCAUUGACCAUGUCUCCAAGAUGCGACCCUCUAUGAAUCGGGUUGUGCAAUUGCUGAAUGGGGAAGACCUGACAAUUGAUAUGGUGAUGAUAUCGAAGACGAGCUCAGGGAGGGCAGUGAUAUUGGACGCUAGUGACUUGCAAGAUUACACAUGUACCAACUACCUCAACGACCUUAACCGUCAUAUGCAGCUUGUGAUGGAAUGAAUGGAGAGUCAUCAAUCAUCCUAACAAGCUCACAUAUUACAAUAUUCUGUAUCUAUAAGAAAGAAUUGAUGUUGUAUGGGAAAGAAGGUAUGCUCCCAAAUGGGUUGCUGGCUAAUUUUGGCACCAUUUCCAUGGUUAAUCUGUUCUUCUUCUAUGACUUGUCCACAUGAGAAAAAAGGGGUUGGUUCAAAGAAGGAGAUGAAGAGGAGAGGACGGAUGCCUUCUGUAAAUUCGUUGUGUGUGGGAAGGAUGACAAGUCAAUUUGAUUUAAUCUGUUUUUUCUGUUUCUUCUUUGUUGGUAGAAGCAUUUUCCUAGGUAUUUGUAAAGGAGGCAAAGGAAAAGAAAAGGGAAACCGUCCCUCUUUUGUGAUUGGGGAAAUCACAUAUAGGGGCAACUUAUGAAAGUAUCUGGCUAAUUUCAUACAAGUUUUUCCACAUGAAAUUAAAAUCAAUACAAUGGGAAAAGGGGAAAUUUUUGUUUCCCCUGUUUAUUUGUUUCUACUUUGGCCUUGUACUUCACUUCAUUUCUUCGUAUAUGUUCAAGUCUUAAAGAAGAGC